AUGUUUGAAACUAUUUUAAAUUUGGGUGAAUUAACUAAAUUACGUGUAUGGCAUGAUGAUUUAUCAAUAAUAAAAAAUUCAUGGCAUUUAGAAUAUGUACAAAUUGAUGAUACACAAACAGGAGAAACAUAUAUGUUUCCAUGUAAUAAAUGGUUAUCAUCAAAGAAAGAAGAUCGACAAACUGUACGUGAACUUGUAUGUAGUAAUUAUUCACCAAAUACAAGUCGACGAGGAUCAUUAACAUCACCAUCAGGAAAAGUUCCAUAUGAAAUUGAAAUUUCAACAUCAGAUAAACAACAUGCAGGUACAACUCAACAUGGAUGGAUUAUUCUUGGAGGGAAUAAAAAACGAUUAGAAAAAUUUCAUAUGAAAAAUACACCACAUAAUAAAAUUUUACGAGGUGGACAAAAGGAUACAUUUCCAUUUGAAUAUCGAUCACUUGGUGAAUUACGUCGUAUUAUUUUAGGUUAUAAAGAACGAAAUGAAUAUCCACUUAAAACAUAUGAAGGCGUUAAGUUUGAAUUUCCUGUACGAAAAUGGAUUGAUAUUAAUAAUGAGAGUGAUGUUUUUGAAUGUGCUGAGAAAAAAGAACAUAUUAUUGCACAACAACGUCAUCGUCAUGCAAUUAAAUAUAAAACUAUCGCUCAUACAGGUGAUGUAUCAUAUGAUAGUACAGAUGCAAAUGUAUCACUUAUUCUUUAUGUUAAUCUUGGUGUUACUGGUAUCCGAGAAUUAAAACAAAAAGGUGAAUUAACUAAAUUACAUAUUGAACAUGAUAAUGCUAUGUUAUUACCAAAUUGGUUUCUUGAUAAAGUUGAAGUUAUUAAUAUGGAUACAAAUGAAACUAUUACAGCUUCAUUUAAUCAACCGAAGUUUCGUCCAACAGCUACUUGGAAUCCCACUGGAAUUACUUUUGCUAAUCAAUCGAUUGUUGGUCAAUAUCCUUCCACCAUUUUUGUGAGCACGAACAACACAAUAUAUGCCACUAAUCCAGAAAAGAACACAAUUGUAAUGUGGCAAGAAGAGAGUGUCAAUCCAACAAAGAUCAUUAGUAGUGAUUUUAAGCAACCUUUGUCUCUCUUUGUGACAUCAAAUGGUGGUAUCUAUAUUGAUGAUGGGCAUGAGAAUGGCCGAGUGCAAAGAUGGAAUGCAGCAACAAGUACCUUUGUCACGGUGAUGAAUGUUAACUCAUCAUGUGCUAGUUUGUUUGUCGAUAUCCAUGAUACUCUUUACUGUUCAAUGUAUUAUCAGCAUCAGAUAUUGAAAACAUCAUUAAAUGAUCCGAUGAUGAAUUCAAAUGUUGUUACUGCUGCUGGAAUAGGUAUUCGAGGAUCAGCUUCCAACCAACUCGAUUCUCCUUUUGGAAUCUUUGUUGAUGUGAAUUCCGAUUUAUAUGUAGCAGAUUGUUACAAUGACCGUGUUCAGUUGUUCCAGUCGGGCGAAUUACAUGGCAUCACAGUAGCUGGAAGUACAUCGCUAAAUCCAACAAUUACACUUCGUUGUCCAACUGGAGUUAUAUUAGAUGCUGAUAAAUAUUUAUUUAUUGUGGAUUUCCUCAAUAGUCGUAUUGUUGGUUCAGACUUGCAUGGUUUUCGAUGUUUAGUUGGAUGUUUUGGACAAGGAUCACAAUCCAAUCAAUUGGCUAAUCCAGUUAGUUUUAGUUUCGACAGUUAUGGAAACAUGUUUGUUUCUGAUCAAAGAAAUUCUCGAAUUCAAAAAUUUUUAUUAAUGAAAGAUUCUUUUGACCUUUCAUUUAAUCAACCAAAGUUUUGCCCAACAGCCACUUGGAAUUCCAAUGGAAUCACUGUUGCUAAUCAAUCAAUUGUUGGCCGACAUCCUAAUGCUUUUUUUGUGAACACAAACAAUACAGUUUAUGUCGCUAAUCAAGAAAAAAACACAAUCGUAGUCUGGCAAGAAGAUAGUAAUAAUCCAACAAAGAUCAUUAGUGGUGGUUUUAUGCAACCCUUGUCUCUCUUCGUAACAUCAAAUGGUGAUAUCUAUAUUGAUGAUGGUGAUCAUAAUGGUCGAGUGCAGAAAUUGAGUGCAGCAACAGGUACCUUCGCCACGGUGAUGAAUAUUAACUCAUCAUGUGCUGGUUUGUUCGUUGAUAUCCAUGACACUCUUUACUGUUCAAUGCCUGAUCAUCAUCAAGUAGUGAAAAGAUCAUUAAUUGGUUCUGCCAUGAAUUCAAAUGUUGUUGCUGCUGGAACAGGCAUUUAUGGAUCAGCCUCGAAUCAACUCGGAAGUCCACGUGGAAUCUUUGUUGAUGUGAACUUGGAUUUAUAUGUAGCAGAUUGUGGAAAUAAUCGAGUUCAGUUGUUCCAGUCAGGUGAAUUACAUGGCAUCACAAUAGCUGGAAGUACAACACUAAAUCCAACCAUUACACUUCGUUGUCCAAGUGGAAUUACAUUAGAUGCUGAGAAAUAUCUAUUCAUUGUGGAUUCUGGCAAUCAUCGUAUUGUUGGUUCGGGGGUGAAUGGUUUUCGAUGUUUAGCUGGAUGUUCUGGAAUGGGUUCACAAUCCAAUCAAUUGACUAGUCCAUCCAGUUUUAGUUUCGAUCACUCUGGAAACAUAUUCGUUACUGAUCAAGCAAAUCAUCGAAUUCAAAAAUUUCAAUACUUGAAAGAAUCAUGCGACAAGCCAUCAAUGGUCGAAACAAUGUACACAUCUGUAUUAACAUCAAAUCAUCCAAUAUAUCCACGUACUGGUUGUGAUAUUUCGUACUACUAUGAAGCUAUAAAAAUUCAGGUUUAUAAAAGUGGUCAUUAUAGUUUUAAUAGUAUGAGCAAUAUCAAUACAUACGGCUAUAUGUACGCAAAGUAUUUUGAUCCAUUUAGUGCGUCUGCAUUUUUAAUCUCCGCAGAUGAUGAUAGUUCCAGUAAUUCUCAGUUCAAUAUUAGUAUUCCUCUUGAGAUCAAUAUUGAAUAUAUAUUGGUUGUAACAACAUUUAAUUCAAAUGUAACAGGACCAUUCUCAAUCCGUGUGUCUGGUCCCAACCGUGUCGGUCUCGAACGUCUAAUUGUAGCAACAUCACAAGCAAAUGUUACAGGAACAUUUUCAAUCAUUGUGUCUGGACUAACAAAAGCCGUUCUUGAACGUACUACUCUUUCAGUAAAUCAACCAAAGUUUUGUCCAGCAGCUAUGUGGAAUUUCAAUGGAAUCACUGUUGCUAAUGAAUCAACUGCUGGCCGACAUCCUCACGCCUUUUUUGUGGACAUAAACAAUACAGCUUAUGUCGCUAAUCAAGACAAGAACAUAAUUGUAAUAUGGCAAGAAGGGAGUGUCAAUCCAACAAAGAUCAUUACCGGUAAUUUUGCAAUGCCUUAUUCUCUCUUUGUGACAUCAAAUGGUGAUAUUUAUAUUGAUGAUGGUAAUCACAAUGGUCGAGUACAAAGAUGGAAUGCCGCUACAAGUACGUUUGUCACAGUGAUGAAUGUCAACUCACUAUGUGCCGGUUUGUUUGUCGAUAUCCAUGAUACUCUUUACUGUUCAAUAUAUUUUGACCAUCAGGUAGUGAAAAGAUCAUUACAUGAUUCUGCGAUGACUUCAAAUCGUGUUGCUGCUGGAAUAGGUAUUGCAGGAUCCGAUUCAAAUCAACUAGCUGGUCCUCGUGGAAUCUUUGUUGAUGUGAACUUGGAUUUAUAUGUGGCAGAUUGUGAGAAUAACCGUGUUCAGUUAUUUCAGUCGGGAGAAUUACAUGGCAUCACAGUAGCUGGAAGUGGAUCACUAAAUCCAACAAUUACACUUCAUUAUCCAGCUGGAGUUAUAUUAGAUGCUGAUAAAUAUUUAUUUAUUGUGGAUUCUGGCAAUGAUCGCAUUGUUGGUUCAAGCUUGAAUGGUUUUCGAUGUUUAGCUGGAUGUUAUGGACAAGGAUCACAAUCCAAUCAAUUGUCUGCUCCAUCCACUUUUAGUUUCGAUCAUUUUGGAAACAUGUUUGUUACUGAUCAAUAUAAUCAUCGCAUUCAAAAAUUUCAAUACUUGGAAGAAUCAUGUGGUGACUCAUCACUAAUAGAAACAAUGUAUUCAUUAUCACUGACCUCGAAUAGUGCAACUUAUUUUCAAGAUUGUUCAGAGCUAGAUUCAUAUUAUGAAGCGAUACAAAUGAACAUCAGUAUGACUGGACAUUAUACUUUUCUAAUCAAAAGCGAGAUGAAAUCCACACAUGCUUAUAUCUACGUAAAUAACUUCAAUCCAUUCGAUAUGUCCAAAAAUUUGCUGAGUCUUAGUGGAGACUCUGGUAAUCAAGGUCAAUUUCAACUCUCAGUUGUUCUUGAAGCUAACAUGAUAUAUGUUGUCGUUAUAACAACAUCUUCUCCGAAUUUAAUGGGGAACGUUUUAAUUCAAGGAUCUGGCUCAAGCUAUAUUGGUUUCAAUCGUAUUUUGAACACUCCAUCAGUUGUUCAAACACCUUAUACACCAGACUUGACAACGAACAAUCCAACGUAUUUACUUAGUUGUUCAAGUUCAAGUUCUAGCUAUGAAGCGAUACAAGUCCACGUUCGUAGAAGUGGUUUUUACACUUUCUUCAGCAAAAGCAAUAUGGACACAUAUGGCUCUAUUUACAAAGAUUAUUUCAAUCCAUCCAAUCCAAAUGAAAAUCGACUCAAUUACGAUGAUGACAGCUGCAGUACAGAUCAGUUUAAAUUUACAACUGCUCUUGAAACCAGUAUCACAUAUAUAUUGAUUGUGACAACGUCCAGCCCUAAUCCAACAGGCGCAUUCUCGAUCUUUGUAUCCGGUCCAGACAGAGUUGAUCUCAAGAAUAUUACAACAACAACGAAACCAUCAUAUGCUUGCAUGAAUUAUCAUCCUACAUGGAUAUUAAUUAUGAUUUGUUCAAUUAUUAAUUUACUGAAAAAACUAAUCUAA